UUGUUUUGGGGAGUGGAUUAAUAGACACGAGUCUGGGAGAGGCGGGUGUAAUACUAGGCCCAGGCCCGAAGUACCUAUAAGCUUGGGGUGGGCGGGAGCUCAGGCCCAGACAGGGAAAGAUUCAGGCCUUGGCCAGGAAGAGAAAUAUUUAUGUUUUGGCGUUGAGGAGAGGAAUUACAGGGCGAGGAGUGAGGGGAGCAUAAACGCGAGAGGAAACUGAAAGCUGGUCCGGAGAGCGGGACAGGAGUGGAAGCGUGGGGCCUGCAGAGAUAAGGGACUGACGGCCCGGCAAAGCGAUGCGGAAGAAGAUUUAUUGUUUAUGAUGGAGUGGCAACCUGAUGAGCAGGGUCUUCAGCAAGUACUACAGCUGCUCAAAGAUUCUCAGUCGCCAGACACAGCAACGCAACGGGCAGUUCAACAAAAAUUGGAGCAGCUGAACCAGUAUCCGGACUUCAACAACUACUUGAUCUUUGUCCUGACCAGGCUGAAAUCAGAAGAUGAACCAACUCGGUCCCUCAGUGGCCUCAUUCUCAAGAACAAUGUGAAGGCUCACUAUCAGAGUUUCCCCCAGGGAGUUGCCGAGUUCAUCAAACAGGAGUGUUUAAAUAACAUAGGAGAUGCCUCUCCACUCAUCCGAGCAACUAUAGGUAUUUUGAUCACUACUAUUGCUUCAAAAGGUGAGCUACAGGCUUGGCCAGAGCUGCUUCCUCAACUCUGUAACUUGCUCAACUCUGAAGAUUACAAUACAUGUGAGGGUGCAUUUGGAGCUUUGCAAAAGAUUUGUGAGGAUUCGUCCGAAAUGCUUGACAGUGAUGCAUUGAACAGACCUCUGACUAUUAUGAUUCCCAAGUUCCUGCAGUUUUUCAAACAUUGUAGUCCCAAGAUUAGAUCCCACGCAAUUGCUUGUGUGAAUCAGUUCAUAAUCGGCAGGGCCCAGGCACUUAUGGACAAUGUCGAUACUUUCAUUGAGCACCUAUUUGCAUUAGCGACGGAUGAGGAUUCGGAGGUGAGAAAAAAUGUGUGUCGGGCACUGGUGAUGCUGCUGGAAGUUCGGAUAGAUCGGCUUAUCCCACACAUGCACAGUAUAAUCCAGUACAUGUUGCAGAGGACACAGGACACUGAUGAAAAUGUAGCACUGGAAGCGUGCGAGUUCUGGCUGACGUUGGCUGAACAACCCAUCUGCAAGGAGGCCCUAUCAGGACAUUUGAUCCAGUUGAUUCCGAUUUUAGUGAAUGGGAUGAAAUACUCGGAAAUUGAUAUAAUCCUUUUAAAGGGUGAUGUAGAAGAGGAUGAUACAGUCCCAGACAGUGAGCAGGAUAUAAAGCCACGUUUUCACAAGUCCCGUACGGUUACCCUGCAGCAUGAGGAGGAUGCCGCUGAGGAAGAUGAGGACUUCGAUGACGAUGAUGACACUCUCUCUGACUGGAACCUGAGGAAAUGCUCAGCUGCAGCACUGGAUGUCUUGGCCAAUGUUUUCAGAGAUGAUCUUCUGCCUCAUCUUCUGCCACUGCUGAAAGGACUGCUGUUCCAUCCGGAUUGGGUUGUUAAGGAAUCUGGAAUCCUGGUUUUGGGCGCAAUCGCUGAAGGUUGCAUGCAAGGGAUGGUUCCAUACCUCCCGGAGUUGAUCCCGCACCUCAUUCAAUGUCUGCCAGAUAAGAAGGCACUGGUGCGCUCCAUUGCCUGCUGGACUCUGAGUCGCUAUGCCCACUGGGUUGUCAGUCAGCCACCAGAUCAGUACCUUAAACCGCUAAUGACUGAGCUUCUGAAACGAAUCCUGGAUGGAAAUAAGCGAGUGCAAGAGGCAGCAUGCAGUGCAUUUGCUACAUUGGAGGAAGAGGCCUGCACUGAGCUUGUGCCGUAUCUCAGCUACAUCCUUGAUACACUAGUAUUUGCCUUUGGAAAAUACCAGCACAAGAACCUACUGAUCUUGUAUGAUGCUAUUGGCACCCUGGCUGACUCCGUGGGACAUCACCUCAACCAGCCGGAGUACAUCCAGAAGCUAAUGCCCCCACUCAUUCAAAAAUGGAAUGAGCUCAAGGAUGAAGAUAAGGAUCUCUUCCCUCUAUUGGAGUGCCUCUCAUCAGUGGCCACGGCUCUACAGAGUGGUUUCCUCCCGUACUGUGAGCCUGUUUAUCAACGUUGUGUCACACUUGUGCAGAAAACACUAGCCCAGGCUAUGAUGUAUAAUACUCAGCCGGAUCAAUACGAGGCUCCAGACAAGGACUUCAUGAUAGUGGCCCUGGAUCUGCUGAGCGGCUUGGCAGAGGGCCUCGGUGGCAAUGUAGAGCAGUUGGUAGCUCGGAGUAACAUCAUGACUCUUCUAUUUCAGUGCAUGCAGGACACCAUGCCAGAGGUGCGUCAGAGUUCAUUUGCACUUUUGGGAGAUCUCACCAAAGCAUGUUUCCAGCAUGUUAAACCCUGUAUAGCUGAAUUCAUGCCAAUCUUGGGGACCAACCUAAACCCUGAGUUUAUUUCUGUGUGCAACAAUGCCACGUGGGCAAUUGGGGAGAUCUGCAUGCAGAUGGGUGCUGAGAUGCAGCCAUAUGUGUCGCUAGUCCUGAAUAACUUGGUGGAGAUCAUCAACAGACCAAACACUCCCAAGACUCUGCUUGAAAACACUGCUAUUACCAUCGGUCGCUUGGGUUACGUGUGCCCUCAGGAGGUAGCGCCCAUGCUGCAGCAGUUCAUCAGGCCGUGGUGCACAUCUUUGAGAAACAUCCGUGACAAUGAAGAAAAGGAUUCUGCCUUCCGUGGGAUCUGUAUGAUGAUUGGUGUGAAUCCAGGAGGAGUUGUACAGGACUUCAUCUUCUUCUGCGAUGCUGUUGCGUCAUGGGUGAACCCAAAGGACGACCUGCGUGAGAUGUUUUACAAGAUACUGCAUGGAUUCAAGGAGCAAGUUGGUGAGCAGAACUGGCAACAGUUUUCUGAACAGUUCCCACCACUUCUGAAGGAGCGGCUGUCUGCAUUCUAUGGCGUAUAGCUGAAGUUAAGGGACAUAAUGUCAGGUUUCUGUUGCUGGGAGGGCUACUGGGAAAUCAUCCACAUCUAGGAGUUGUACUGCCCUGUCAAUGGGGGGUUAGGGUGGAGUUGGUGGGACUAAAAAAAACACCCCCUUUCUCCGGAAAUAUCGGGGGGGAACCGCCUCUAAACCAGAGCAAACGGGAUCAAUUAGGCUGAAAGAUCUUGCACGCCUUCUCUCUGAAGAGGCAAUUGCCACUACACGCGGGAUAAUCCAAAGAUCCUGAGGGUCAAAUCUCUCGGACAAUUCGGGAGGGGGCAAAACGUGCGGGGGGAAUUUAGGGGAAAAAAUUAAAAAAUAUAGGCAGGCUUAGUGAAGAAUUCCAAAAGAUUAAUAAAAUUGGCUAGGUUUAAACAGCCUUGACCAUCUAAAUUUGGGUAACACCAAGUCUGAUGCUUGUGCCGUGGUUUAAGAGUAGAAGUUUUUAAAAGUCAAAACUUUUUGUUUUAAAACACAUUAAAGCUAGAAAGCAUACUGAGCUUUGUACCGUUGCGUAGAUACCCCAGCAGUCAUCUAAAAAGAGAGUCACUGUUUCAAGCUAGACUGCAUGGUGACGAACUGUAAUAGUCUAGCGAUCUCUGAAUAGAAUGUAAUGAACCAUAACGUAUGUGUGUAGAUCAAGGCUUCACUAUCAUUUCCGAUGGAUCGGUCCAAUGCGGAGUGGCGCUCGGCUUUCUGCUCCCCUCGUGCCUGGGAGUGGACAGGAGAUAUCGUCGGGGCAGGGGGGUGGGGGGUGGGAGUGCUGGGAUGAAAGCCUGUACCUUUGAUCCUGUAAUGAAGCAUGUCUGUACUGUCGGGCUCUGGCAACGCCCUGUUAAACGAUGAACUGUUCGAGUUUGUUCCUAAUUAUUUUUUGUGAUAAUGUGCUGCUGCGCUCUUUUUAAAAAAAAAAGUGUAAAUUGAAAUGGCAAGUGUUCAAAGAAAAAAAGCUUUUUUAAAAAAACACCCCUUGCUAGGACCUGUGACUUUUUUUAAUUGUUCUAUAGUUGAUUCCAUGUUCCUGAACUGCAGUUUGACACAGGUGUGCUAUUGGUGAGAGGUAGGAGAUAUUUGCUCUGUGCUGAAUGGAUUAAGGAUUAACUGAUGGAGCUACUGCAUUGGUAGAUGUUUGCGGGGGAAUACGACUAGUGUUUCAGUAGCGACAAACAGGCAAAAAUGUAAUUGUAUUCUAGAUGGGUUUAUGGUUAUUAUGACAACCCAUUUGGUCAGUGUAUUGGCUGAGAUGUUGUACUUGCAGAGUAGGGUCCUUCCAAUGAGGACUUUGGGCAAUAUGUUUCCAAUUUAGGCAAAUAAUGGGCGCAACAAUAGUUUCCUGCUAGUUUCCAUUUUUGCUUUUCAAACCUACUAUCAUCAGAAUCAUUCUGAAUGUGAUCACUGUAUCCCCUGCUAUAGAUGCUAACACUAGAUCUGACUAAGCAUUGGAGAACUGAGACCCGUGGCAAAACAGUCCAGUAGGCAACUCAUGAAACGGCUUCAGUCCAAAUCCUGCAAAACUACGUUAUUUGGUGUUGGGAGUUGACAUGCCACGAUUAAAAUAAAUUUAUAUGGCCCAUUUCUUCCCUCUAGUCAUGAGUGAUGUUCAGCUCCAUAAACCACAUGGGCUUUCAAUGUUUGCCUGCUAGUUGUGAGCAUUGUGCCUCUCAUCUGUCAAACCACGAACCCAGCCUGCCAUGGACUGAUCAGAAGCGCACACGUGUCACUGGUUUUGUGUGGACCAGGUAGAGAUUUCCAACACCACACCUUCACCCCCCCCCCACCCCAAGAAAUAAUGUGCUGUAUAACUGGCUUACAAUGAAACGUACAAGUUCCCACCUGCUUGCUGAGCCACUAGUUUAUUAAGAACCACUCACUGGAUCUCUUGCUACAUUGACCAGUGUAAACUGUUAUUACAGCGCCCAUUAUUCUUGUCCCCGGGAAAGUAGUGGUGUCUUUAGUUCAAGUCCUGUAACCAUUCCUGUUUUCUCUUAGCAGGUUUGUCCCUUGCUUGUGGGAAAUCUUUUGUAAAAUUCUUUUCAACAGUUAAGUGAAGUUCUAGGGACACAAGGAUUAAAUUGAUGGUCACAUUUUGCCCAGGUUCUGGGUCUCUCCUACAUUAGAGUGAGGCAAGAUGCUCUGGGCCUCAUUCCUCUGGUCUUUGUGUCUCUAAAAAGCUUACGGUGAACAUUUUGUCUCUGAAUUGUUGUGAUUCGUGUCCUAUUUAAUGUGAUAAGGAUGUUAGUCUGCAGGUGAGAAAUUUAAUGUUGCUAAUAAAUGAGGAGAGUCUGGCUCCAAGUGCCCCUGGGAGCAGAGCAUGUAUUGGCUCUGGUCACUGGUGCAUUUCCCCAGCUGCGUGAGGCCAGGCGAUAGAUUGUUAAACCCUUAAUGUCCAACAGGACUUGGUGUUGGCGGGUAUUCUAUUUGCUUGCUGAUGGCAAGUGGUAAUUUGGACCAGUCCCGAUUAUUAGUUGUAUUUCCUUGUCCAUAUGACCCGAUUUUUGGAAUUUCGUUCCUUGUUUCUUUAGAUUUGUUUUCUGUUUGACCUUCGACAACCAUUUCUAGAAAUAACAUCGUCUCUUUCUCCAGCCCCCCCCCCCCCCCCCCCCCCCCCAGCCUCCCAAAAUGGGAUGGUUCUGAAUUAUUUUCAUUGAUUUCUGGGGUAUUGUGGUAUUGGGCAGUCAGUGCUAUCUGGCUGCUGGCACGGGCCCUGGUGUGGUCUAACAGUAUCUACCAUUGCCACUGGACUGGAGGUCCACAGACCUGUCAGGAAUGUACUGAUCUUGCUCAUUUUGCACAGUGCUUGUGUGUGGAACUCUAUUGGGACAAAAGAGAAGAUGGAACAAAGAGCUCAGCUCUCCUCUAUGAGGCAAAUCCAAAUCUUUACCAGCAAUCACCAAGACCAGGGUCGGGUUAUAUUUUGUGCGGCUUCAAAGGGCCCUGAUGUAAACUGCUUGGAGUACCUGCCAAUAGAUUGUGUGUUAGUUGUGAGUCUGUUUUAAUUUAUUUAUGUUUGUGUUCAGCUGUAGCUCUCUACAAUAGCAGUAAGGAGGUGAGAGUGAGUUUAGAGGGUGAGUGAAUCUGUUGGAGGGAUUGUGGUGCUCCUGUGCCAUGACAUCAAGAAGCAAACAGCUGUCUUUAUCUGGCUGUACCUCAAACUGUCUGAGCACUUGCAGACUGAAUGUUGCAUGCUCAAUGUGGUGCAUAUGUUUCUAAUCCUUAAAUGUUAUUCAUAGAAGUAAACAGCAGUGUUUAUUUGUCAUGCUGAUGUAAUCACGAUGUAGCCUGAGUAUAUUGUUUGAACCAAAAUGGGAAGGUGGUGUUUUGGAGGGAUGGGGAAGGGAGGAAAAGGAUAAUUGGGAAUGUUAGUGACAGAGCAUUGAACAGAUAUUGAGCUGCUUUGUUUUAACUGGGUGGUAAGAGGUUUUGGCAUUUUUGCCUCUUCACUCACUGCCAUUUUCACGAGCGAGGUCACACCCGAAAAGUCAAAGGCCUACCCCGGGCCAUGUUGCCUGAAAGGUAUUCUUCCGUUGUUAGAUGGCGAUGCCGUGAGCAACUGGAAUCAAGGCAGAGUCUGAUUUCCCCUCAGUGAUCUGCAGGGCAGUCAUUUUCCCUGGGGAGGGAGAGGGAUGCAAAGUGGGAACUCGCCUGGAAACAACGAGCAUUUUUACAGGGGUGUCUUGAGAUGAGUUGGGUAACUAAAUCGUAUUAUACAUUAUGAAUAAAAGGGAAGGGGUGGGGAUCCACUGGGAAAAUUUGUGGCGGGGGGGUGGAAUUCCAGGUCCACUCGCCUCUUGGCUGAGAGUUGAGCAGCAUUUACUGUGGUCAUCUCCCUGGCUAUGCUAGAUGCUGGUCUGAUUAUCACUGUGACACCAGGCAGAGUUGAAGACGGAAUUGGAAUUUUGCUGCUCCACAGUUGCACUGAUGCUGGGCACAGAUGCCAGUGUUCUGACUGUGAACGGUGCAUCCAUGCACAGAGCUUCAGUGGGCAGAUGGUUGGCAUUUUCUCUAGCCUCCCAAUUGGGGUGGAUCUUUGGGCCUGUGAGUUGUUCAGUGGUGUGGAUCAGUAGUAAGGAGCUGGGUUGUGUUAGUGUGCUGCAUACUGUAUUGUAUUAACAAUAUCACUGACACUAAUCUCAAUGGUCUGUAAAAGGAUGGUUUAGCUUGAUUCUGAUGUCAAAAAUAUAUUGGUUACCAGUUUGCACAACUGAAAAGUGACUAUUUUAACAGCCCUGCGUGGGAUUGAGUUUGCAGAAUGGAUUGAGGGUAAAAACACUGUCUAAGAUGUAAACGUUGGUUCAGGCAAGGAGUAUCUGAGAAAAGGCAUGUCUCCCCACUGCGUCUUGCCAUGCCUGGUUGCCUGCUCUUACCCGCACAUGUCCGCAUUCAAAUAGAAAUUCUCAGUGCCUGCUCACACAUUGCUACUGUUGUGACGCAUUCUCCUGCGAAAAGCCAAGCAGGAGACUAUUUUGAAAACGACAUUCACUAAAGCUAUGCAGUCUCUGAUCCUGAGAUGUGGGAACUGGGUACAUUAUAAAGCAGGAAGGCAGUCUGUUUGAUGGCAAGGCUGUCCAGUGAGUGAAGAGCCAGGCCAUGUUUGGCUCUCCGGUCUGCAUGCAGGCAACCUUUCCUAGGUAUGCUAUUCCAUUGAUGAAGGGUGCUCGGAGGAGAUGAAUGCUUUGGAGAUGUUUCUCAGAUGCUCUUAUUGCUGGACUUGUGACUAAAACUGACCCCAUCCCUGAACUCCUGUACAAGUGUUAUGCCGUUGUCCCCUUUUAACUUUGAGUUGUAUAUUUGUAAAUGUGCGGUGUGUUUCCUGUGAAUUGAUCAGUAUAAUGCCGGCCGUUUGCACCUUUGCUCAACUGAGAUUUUUUUCUCAUUUUUAUAUAAAUUUGUUUUUUAUUUUAUUUUUUCCUUUAUUGACUAAAAUUGGUUUCUUGUGACUCUA